AUGGCCGCAGCAGUACCAACACUCCCCUUUGUGGCCCUCCAAGCCCACAAACCCAGCGCGCCUCACGAGAUCCUUGCAGCAACAACAGCAAUAACGAGUUCACCAGCACCAAUAGUACCAACCACAGGAGGAAUCGGAGGAAUCGGAGGAGGAAUCGGAGGACUUAAUGCGACGAUGGCGACGACAAUGACCAGGUCGUCUUCUUCGGUCAGCCUACACCCGCCCCGGUCUGUGAGUUCAGAUAUCUCACACUUGCGGAGCGCUAGUUCAUCCACAGGAGUUACAGGAGGAGGAGGAGGAGGAGGAGGAGGAGGAGGAGGAGGAGGAGGCGCAGGGGCAGAGAUCUCGGGUAGUGGUACGUCUUUUUCAGCUGGAGGUCGUCCGUUGUCUGUAGGGAUGCUCCGGUCCUCGACUGCGCCUGUACCCCAACACCACAUCCCCUCCACCACUGCAACAACACCACCCACAACCACCACAGCAACAGCAACGUCAACAUACUCAAGACUACCUUCAGCCUCUACAGACCUGUCCUUCCCCACAAAUACAUCCAUCCCCACCACAAUCCAGACAAGGACCCUCCACCCACAAGUCCAUUACAUUUUCGAGAAUGACCCUCUCGAAACCGAGAUCUUGGAAUCCAUCCCCAAAUCUCAAUGCAUUACUAUGGAUUUUGAUCCCCGUUCCGGAGUUAUUAAGAAUGUGGAGAGUUAUUUGACACAUUUACAGGUUAUGGAUGUGAGGCUUGUUCAGUCCUUUGGACAGGAAGGGCAGCAAGGGCAGCAGGCGCAGGCGCAGAGGGUGACAUCGGGUGGGUCUCCGGGUUCAAUGCCCUCGCCUUCUGCCUCUGCUUCUGGGGCUGGAGCAGAGACAGGAGGUGGAACUGGUGCUGGGGCAGUAUCGUCUUCUUCAUCAACAUCCUCACUGAAAGCUACCAACACGGCCAGUAGUGGAGGAGGAGGAGGAGGAGGAGGAGGUCCAGCGGACGAUAACCGGACCCAUUCGAUCACCUCCCCACCACAAUCACACCUCUCAACAUCAUCGCCCUCUUCAUCCUCAUCUGGAGCACUGACAGUUGGAGGAACACUCCUGGCCAGGAACAACCCCUUGAGCUCAUCUACAUUACAAUCCUCCUUCAAGACCUCGCGGCGGUCGACUGAUAAAGGUACCCGAGGAGACGCCAGCGUCAGCGACGACAAGUCAACUUCCCCAGCGAUGACGACGACAGCCACGACAAUGGCAACAAAGGAUUGGACGCUUGUCAUUGAUGCCGUAGAACUCAACAGGAGGGACCAAGAAAGGUAA